GCCGUUUGUCACCGUUGAUCGCCGUUUGUUGAGCGGUCCGUGUUCUAGCCGACCUGCCGUGACUCAGGUUCUGCCGAAAGAGAUCGCAAAGCAGUAAUCGCGCUUCAGACGCCACGUCAGUCAUGGCUGUGCCACGCAAGAAUGGCGCGGCUGACGUGGACCGACCUGCUGUUGACGGGAACAGAUUUCGUAAUGACGUGGCCGGGAUAACUGCUGACGUGGAUCGGAUGAAUGUGGACGUAAACCUGGCGUAUGUGGGCGUCGGUUGCAACAGAGUGGCACAUACAUUGGCCUGGAGCAGCGUUUCAGGCUUGGUCGCAUUUGGCGCGCACAAUGCCGUCGCUAUUUACGAUCCUGCGGUUCUCCUCACAGAUUACCUAAGAUGUCUACCUGCAGAGGUAAAGACUAAGGUGGUAGAUGAAGCGUAUGUUGACCAACAUAACUUCGCCUCGUUCAACAAGAAAGCCUUAGAUAUAGAGGCAAAGCUUGGGUCCGCGCAUCAUGGUCCAACAAAUGGUAGGAGGAAGAAGCUUCCCCAUGAUUGGAAAAAGAAGGGUCAGUUAAUGUUCGUUGACCAUGAUGGUCAGACAACGGAAAUUGACGAGUUCCCAGAUCUAGGGGACGAGACGGAGCAUGAUGGGGCCAGCGAAACUUCGGAUGGGGGAGUCGUGAGCCCUAUCAAGGAAAAGGCUAAGGGGACCGGGAAAAAGAAGGUAGUACGGUCGACGGAUCAGAGCGACCAAGGAACACCCGCAUGGGUAAAACUUGGUUUAGACUACGAGGUUGAAUUUCCGAUUAGCUCAGAUGCGAACCGCUUUCAGCAGGUAGAUGAGAGUUAGGACAGGUGAUGAGCACUCUGAACCAGAAAUUCAACAAAUUAGCCGCUUAAGA